UCCCUCUUUCACUUCUUCUCUCCGUCCCGCUCUCCCUCCCUCUUUCACUUCUUCUCUCCGUCACUCUCCAUCUCUCCUUCACUUCUUCUCUCUGUCCCUCUCCAUCUCUCCAUCACUUAUCUCUGUCCCUCUCAACAGUAGACCAUCUCCCGCCAUCCAGUCCUCAAAAUGUCCCAGGGCCCAGAGCGCACGCGCACACACAUGUCAGGCAGGAUCCACUCACCCUACAUUGACCUUCUGACAGGAGGACGGAGAGAGAGAGAGAGUGCGAGAGAGAGCAAUGAGGGGAGAGAAAAAAGAUGAAUAGACAGGCAAACGAGGAGAGCAAGAGCAAAGGCUUGAGUGAGACUGGGGAGAAGAGGGAGAGGAACAGGGAGAGGGGAGAGGAGGAGCGAGAGAGAGCAAGAAAUAGGGAGAGAGAGAAAGAGAGGGAGAGAGUGGAUUAGUUAAUGCACAAAAACACUGCAUCAAACCAAUGCACUGCUCCGAGCGGGAUGCGUCAGCAGUACAUUCACGUUCCCCACUCAAGGACAAAAGAGAAAGAGAGAGAGCAACAGAGUGAACAAACGAAUGAAAGAGAGAGUGAGUAAACGAGAGAAAGAGCAGCCUUGCACCACACUGGCACCAGAAAAACGUGCCGGAAUAACCUGAGCAGCAGGAUUAACACCGGGGCUGCAGGGGUUAAAAUUGUGUUGCCGUGGGGACACGCUGCCGUUUUCUCCAGUUCACCUGGGAAGCUCUUUAUUCUCCUCUAAACCAGGGAGCCAGAGAGAGAAACGAGGAGAAAGAGAGGACAGUGGAAGCUAACACGGUUGAGAGGCUUCGCGCUGGCACACACAAAGGACUGAGUGCUUUGAGCUUGGCCACUACCUCAGGACACUGCAGGGGUUGAGAAGAACGGGAGAGGGGGAGAGAGAGAAAGAGAUACACAUCCCCGCUCUCGCUCAUCUGCUGCUACAGCGGAUCUGUUUUCCUCAUCGAUGCUGCUGUAACAUCCUGUGCCCCGCUCGGCUCUCUCUUGCUUCACUCUCCUAUUCUGCCGCGGUGAAGAAGAAAAAAGGGAUUGAAAACAGGAGCGAGAAGGAGACCGAGGGAGAUGGUGCUUUAGCCUCUUUUUGCUGUGCUGAUAUUGCUGCUGAAUCUACUCUACGCCCCCCCAACACUGCUACAAACCCCCACCCACCCUCGGAAGAAAUUGACGGAUUAUUGGGAAGUGCGCGGGAGGCAGGCUGCAGCUGCUCUGUGUGUGUGUGUGUGUGUGUGUGUGUGUGUGUGUGUGUGUGUGUGUGUGUGUGUGUGUGUGUGUGUGUGUGUGUGUGUGUGUGUGUGUGUGUGUGUGUGUGUGUGUGUGUGUGUGUGUGUGCGCGCUGCUGGCGAGCUGUGUUUGCGUGCUGCUGUGCUGGAGCGCAGAGCUAGUUAAGAGGAGAAAUAAGCUAAUGACCGCAGUGUGUGUCGCGUAGCCUUUUCAACCCUGCCGGGCGCUACGGAAAUCAAGAGGACACGACGCGACACACAGAGAGAGAGGGUGGACUGACUGACCACCAAAAAAAUAGAAAGAACCCAGAAAAGGAAAGGGGUCCUGUUUCCCCCCCACCUCAAAGAAAAUUUGAAAGGACUGUGGAUUUUUUCUUCCUCCUUAACCCCCCUCCCCCUACCCUGAAACCCCCACCCAUUUUCUGCCUUGGGUUUUCAGAGUGCGGAGUGUGUGUGUCGGUGAGCACGCGUUUGUGCUAUGGAGACUUGGAGAAGGCGUUCGGCGGAAACAUCGAGCGGCGGAUUCCAAGGACAAGCGGGAGAAGAGCAGUUGAGGCGAGCGAGCGUGUACUGCUAUAGGAGCCUGACUGGAUUCCUACCCAUCUAAAACACAUGCUUCGGAUGGGCCUUCACAUCUUUUCCUUCUUCGGAUGAUGUUCGCUUGUGUGGAAUUAUAAAAAGGGGCCAUUUUGGCAAAGAAUCUUCACUUCAUUUGCUUCUAACAGAGCAGAAAGAAAAGUCUUUAUUUCUCUGCUCCUUGGAUAUAUACCUGAUUUAAACACUCUGUGAUUGACAAAAAAAAAGAGAAAACAAUCUCGUAAGGACCUGUAAAAAAAAAAAAGCUUGAGGUAGGUGUCUAGCAUUUCCAACCCUAUUUCAAUCAUCUCCAUCUUCUAUUCUAUAAUUUUUUCUCUGUCUCUGAAACAUUUAAGAGCAGUUGUCCUCCCCCUUCCAGUUGUGUCCAUGGAAAAGAGAGCCAGAGUUUUGCUUAAUCCGGGGUAGGGCCAGCCCUCUCCUGGUUACUCAAGAAUCAACCCCCCCUCUCCCUCCCCUCUUUAUACCUCCCCCCUCCCACUUUCGACCACCAACCCAUUCAACCAACAGACCCCCACCACCCAACCCCACCUCCGGCCCUCCCCCCCCCGGACGAUGCUGAAUUAUGAGCGUGCCACAUCAUGAGUCUCCUGGGGCGGGUAGCUGUGCGUCGAGCCACCCUGCUCUGUGUUGUGUUCCUGAUGGCGCGAGUGUGGAGCAGCGCCUCUCUGGCUUUGGCGGGGGCGGCAGCGUCAGGCCCCCAGGGCUGCCCACCGCAGUGCUCGUGUAGUAGCCAGCUGAGCAAGGUGGUGUGCACUCGGCGCGGCCUCACUCGCGUGCCCCCGGGCAUCCCCGCCAACACGCGCCACCUCAACCUGAUGGAGAAUGCAAUUGGAGAGGUGCAGGCCGACACCUUCCGACACCUGCACCACCUUGAGGUUCUGCAGCUGGGCCGCAACGCCAUCCGGCAGAUCGAGGUGGGCGCCUUCAAUGGCCUCACCAGCUUAAACACGCUGGAGCUAUUUGACAACCGGCUAACUGGGGUGCCCAGUGGUGCCUUUGAGUACCUGUCCAAGCUCAGGGAAUUAUGGCUGAGGAAUAACCCCAUCGAGAGCAUCCCUUCGUAUGCCUUCAACCGAGUGCCCUCGCUCAUGCGUUUGGACUUGGGCGAGCUGCGCAAGCUGGAUUUCAUCUCCGAUGGCGCCUUUGAGGGCCUGCACAACCUCAAGUACCUCAACCUGGGCAUGUGCAACAUCCGGGGGGAGAUGCCCAAUCUGAGCCCCUUGCUGGGCCUGGAGGAACUGGAGAUCUCGGAGAACCUCUUCUCCGAAAUAAAGCCAGGCUCCUUCCGGGGCCUGCGCUCACUCAAGAAGCUGUGGGUGAUGAAUUCGCAGAUUGGGAUGAUCGAGCGCAACGCCUUUGACGACCUGAGCUCGCUGGUGGAGCUCAACCUAGCCCACAACAACCUGAGCGCCCUGCCGCACGACCUGUUCUCCCCCCUCAGAUACCUGGUGGAGCUACACCUCCACCACAACCCCUGGAACUGUGGCUGUGAAGCCCUGUGGCUGGCACGCUGGCUGCGAGAGUACAUCCCUACCAAUUCUACCUGCUGUGGCCGAUGCCACGCGCCGGCCCACAUGCGGGGCCGCCAGCUGGUGGAGGUGGACCGGGGGGAGACCGGCGUGCUCCAGUGCUCUGCCCCCUUCAUAGGCGAUGCACCAAGAGACUUAAACAUUUCGGCAGAGCGCGUAGCGGAGCUCCGUUGCAGGACUGCGCCAAUGUCCUCGGUCCGGUGGCUGCUGCCCAAUGGGACCGUACUGACGCACGCCUCGGCCCACCAGCGGAUCGCCGUGCUCAACGACGGCACGCUCAACUUCUCCAACGUGCUGGCGGCUGACACAGGCACCUACACCUGCAUGGUGUCCAAUGCGGCCGGCAACUCAAACGCCUCGGCCUACCUCAACGUGAGCGCGGCUGAACUCAACACGUCCAACCUCAGCUACUUCACCACGGUGACAGUGGAAGUGCCGGGACCCACCACGGAGAUGCCCAAGCCCAAGACCACAACGAGCGCUCCUAACACUGGUAGGGGGGCAGGAGGAGAAGCAGGAGGAGACGCUGGCACCACCACCACCGCCUCGCCCUCCCUCUUUCAGCCAGUCUUCAUCUCUACUCCCACCGUUCUGCUCCAGAACACCGAGGGCCAGCCAGGUGCCCGACCGUCCGCCGUUCCUGCCUCCAAGUCUGCCACGGUCAAGCCACCCGACACAGUCCCCAGCCUGGACGAGAUGAUGAAAACCACCAAGAUCAUCAUCGGCUGCUUCGUAGCCGUCACGCUGCUGGCCGCCGUCAUGCUCAUCGCUUUCUACAAGCUGAGGAAGCGCCACCAGCAGCGGAGCACGGUGGCAGCCACCCGUACGGUAGAAAUCAUCCAGGUGGACGAGGAGGACCUGCCGCCGCCUGCUUCUGCUGCCAACCAGCUACGAGACAACAACAGCAUCCAAAAACUGGAUUAUAUCAGCCACAAAACAGACUAUGGCUUCCCCAAACCCAAAGCCGACUACAAGGGGGACUACACAAUCCACAUGCCCAAACCAGACUACAUUAUACACAAGCCCAAGGCUGAGUACACCACCUAUAAACCAACCGUGGACUACACUACCCACAAAUCUACAGUGGAAUAUAGCACCCACAAAUCUACACCAGAUUUUAGCCUUCAUAGACCAAAGGCUGACUAUAGCCCAUUCAGACCUGAAUAUAGCACUCACAAGCAGCCUAAAGCUGACUAUAGCCCCUUCAAACCUGACUACAGUACUCACCCGAGAACACCUAAAGCAGAUUAUAGCCCAUUCAAACCAGAUUAUAGCAGUAGUACUCACCCGAGAACACCUAAAGCAGAUUAUAGUCCCUUCAAACCGGAUUAUGGCACUCAUCCAAAACCCAAACCGGACUAUAGCCCAUUCAAACCUGACUACAGCACUCACCCACGACCUAAACCAGACUACAGCCCUUACAAACCUGACUACAGCACUCAGUCCAAAUCCAAACCGGAGUACAGUACACACAAAUCCAAACCCGACAACAGUCAAUACAAACCCAAAUCAGAACACACCCCCAAGGCCGCGCCGGACUACAUCGUCUUCAAAUCAGGCUACAACAGCCCCCACAAACAGGAUUAUGGCAACCAGAAACCCAAAAUGGAUUCCAGUCCCCACAAAGCAGACCAUCACAAGGUGGACUACCGCACCCUCAAGCCCAAAUACAACACGUACAAGCCAGCAGGACAUGGGGCUAAAUGGACAGAGAACAAUAUUGGGAACUCUCUCCCUCGAACCUUGCCCAGCGCCAUCACAAACCUCCCUGAGCCCUUUGUCAUAAAAACUCACACCAAGGAGAAGGUUCAGGAGACUCAGAUUUAAAGCCCCCCACACAACCCCCCUCCCCAGCCACGUCCAAAUUCCCAUAGCCACCCCUCUCUUCUCAUAACUACAUGCAAUAGAAUGCACAACGGGGGAAAGACAGGAACUUUCUUUUUUUGUACAAAGUGCAAAACUUAAAAAGACUGAACAUUUCUUGUUGUACAUGCUUAUAAAUAAAUCUAUAUAUGAAACUAUUGAAAGUACCAUGGACUGGUGAUAGAGAAGCAUAUUAUAUUAAAAAUAAAUACAUUGAAACUAUUUUCUAACUUGUAACUUCUAUUUAAAAAGACGAGUUGUUUAACAUACGAUCUUGACUUUGAGAAAUGAGGGUGGACUUGUUCAAAUAAAGAGGCAUUCUGUGUGAUUUUUAAACCAAUGCUACAGACAAUGCAGUGAAAAGAGAAAAAACAUUUAUACUGAGAAGACUUUCUUUAAGAAAAAAGGUCAGUGUUGGAUCUUUACAGGUUUAUCUUGUAAAAGCACCAUGAAUUUGUAUUGUGCCAAAUGUUACAAAUGCAAUAAAAAUGAUUUUUGGAGAGAGAAAAAAAGCAAACAGAGAGAGGUGACGUUUUGUUCUCCUGGCGUACUGUAGCGAACAGCCAAACGCUUCAGACACUGCAGUAAGACUCUGCAGCUAUACUUUAACCCUGCGUGUGCUGGGUGACUCACACAGAAUCAAUCACAGCACAGAAGUGCCUGCUGCUGUUUUUAAUAACACUUGAUAUGCCCGUGUGUCAAGGCAGGUGGGGGGGAAGCUAUGUUUAGUACGCAUAACAUUAGUCAAUGACA